CGGCGCGCGCGGCCAUCCUUCCAAACUGUGUCCCGUCGGAUGAGGUGCAACUUUGCGCAUUAGCUGUGAGGGGAUUAAUUACGCACAUCGAAGAUGCAGUAAAAGGCUCAGCUCUUAUGACAUCUAUCACAUUCGGACAUCGACACGAGCCUGUAACCACCUUGCGACCAUCACGAUGCCAGGAACGUGCUUGAUGACCGAUGCGGUCAGGACAGCGGAUAGUUAGUGAUGAGGAGGAGCAAGUUAUCGGCGUGCCGACGGCCCAGGUCACUAGUAACAUGCCAGUCCUUGGUCCCAGCGCCGAUUCAACUCCACUUCGAGGACUUCUGAUCGCCAUCUUCAUCCUAUUGUCCCUGCCGCGUUGUCGCUGCACGGAUCUAGGACAAUGCACUACGGCGUUAGGCAUGGAGAGCGGAGAAAUCCCCGAUGAAGACAUCUCGGCAAGUUCUAUGUACGAUCCCAGCCUCGGACCGAAACAUGCCAGGCUGCGACAAGACAGGGGUGGCGGUGCUUGGUGCCCGAGAAAUAUGGUAACCAAGGAAGGCAAGGAGUACUUGGAGGUGAACCUGCAUACUCCGCGUUUACUGACGUCUACCAAAACGCAGGGCAGAUUCGGCAAUGGCAACGGGGUCGAGUACACCGAGGAGUACUUUGUCGAGUAUUGGCGGCCAGGGUUCAACAAGUGGGUGCGAUGGAGGAAUCGACGUGGCAUAGAGCUUUUGGUGGGUAAUAACAAUCCAUAUUCGGAGGAGGAACAAAUCUUCGAUCCAGCUAUAAUCGCAACAAAAAUCCGUUUUAUCCCUUACACUUCUCAUAUGCGCACAGUAUGUAUGCGCGUAGAGCUUUACGGCUGUUCAUGGACAGAGGGUCUCGUUUCGUAUUCCAUGCCCCAAGGAAUCAAGAGGGGUUCCGAGGUUGACCUUUCCGACAGGACGUACGACGGCCGCGAAGAAGCGGGUUACCUCUCCGGGGGACUUGGUCAACUUGUCGACGGGCAAAAGGGUCCCGACAACUUCAGAUUGGACGUCAGCGGUAACGGAAAGGGAUACGAAUGGGUCGGCUGGCGAAACGACACACCCAACAUGCUUGGACGUCCGGUGGAAAUAACUUUCGAGUUCGACUACUCGAGGAAUUUCACUGCCAUACAUCUACACAUGAACAAUUACUUCACGAAGGACGUGCAGGUUUUCUCGUACGCGAAGGUCUAUCUCGGCACAGGUGGCAACCAGUUUACCGGCGAGCCUGUCCAUUUCUCUUACAUACCCGAUCAAGUUCUCGAACAGGCGCGCGAAGUCACCAUAAAGCUGCAUUCGCGCGCCGGCCGCUUCCUAAAAUUGCAGCUCUACUUCGCCGCGCGGUGGAUCAUGCUCAGCGAGGUAAUCUUCGAAUCAGUUAUCUCCGAAUGGAACAAUACCGAGGACGAGGAGGCGAAGAACAAGAGCGCCAUUGUACUGGCGACCGGCAGCCCCUAUCAAAAUAACGAGGGUCCACUGCAGAGAGACGAAGUGAAGGCUACUUUUAAUAAGGAGGAAAGCAAAGAUAACACCUUUCCAGAUAAGAGCAAGGAGCCGGAAUCGAAGCAGUUUGUCGGUUUAGUUAUCGGCAUCCUGACGACCGUAAUUGUGAUGCUGCUCGCGGCGAUCAUGUUCAUCUUCUAUAGGAACCGUAGGCUCAAAGCUGCUCUCGCACCGUCAAACUUCUACGAUCAACAGGGUGAUCUCAAGGUCUCCGUGCCAGAGGAGGGCGAGGACAAAGGACCAAUUUGCCCCCCGCUUCCGGCGCAGUACCAUCCAGCCACUUACAGCACGACAACGCCGCAGUUACACAAAACCGUCACGGAUUACACCGGAAUCAACGAGGUGCAGCCAGUUAUUCCGCUCCUGCUUAACUCGACGACGAUCAAUCUUGCCAGGCCAAUUCCGGCGGUCCAAGAAUAUCCGUCUAACCCACCACCCAUACCGCCCCCGCCGGAAAAGUAUUACGCCAGCACGGAGAUCUGUAAGAGUCCUCUACCACCACUGCCACCCUCGCCAACACCAAGUACACCACCGCCAAUGAGUGCGAAAGCCUCUAGCAGUGUAACUAGCUACAGUCCGGAAGAUAUGCUAACGGAGGAAGAGGAGGAGAUACCUGAGUGUGUCCUUGAUUUUCCACGGGAAAAACUCAACAUCGUUGAAAAUCUUGGCUGUGGAUACUUCGGCGAUGUUCAUCUCUGCGAGGUUGACAGGUUUCCUGGCUACGAUGAGGUUUUCAGAAAUACCUCCAGCGAUUUGGUUAUUGUUAAAUCCUUGAAACCUGGAUCUUCUGACGCUCUUAGGAUAGAAUUUCAACAGGAGGCAAAGAGACUGGUACGACUCGCCGAUCGAAAUGUCGCGCGGCUACUCGGUGCCAGCCUUGAGAACGAUCCCAUGUGCAUCGUAUUGGAAAACGGCGAGUACGGGGAUUUGAAUCAAUAUCUGCAAAGUCACAUCGCCGAAACUUCAAACUUGCACACGGCUAAGACGCUUAGUUUCGGCACAUUGGUUUACAUGGCCACGCAAAUAGCAUCCGGCAUGAAGUAUCUCGAGGAAAUGGACUUCGUGCAUCGGGAUCUCGCCACAAGAAAUUGUUUAGUGUGCCGCGGAUGCACGGUUAAAGUAUCUGAUUUGGGUAGCGGACGAAGCGCAUAUGCGGCGGAUUACUUCCGUGUCGAAGGACGUCCUCCAUUACCGAUUCGAUGGAUGCCAUGGGAAUCAAUGCUAAUGGGAAGACACACGUGCAAGGGCGACGUCUGGGCGUUUGCCGUCACGCUGUGGGAAAUACUGACAUUUGCGCGGGAGCAACCGUUCGAGGAGUUUCCGGAUCAUCGAAUAGUGGAGAAUGCGACUUACUUUUAUCAAGAGGAUGAGCGAAGGAUGAUACUACCACUGCCAAAAAACUGUCCCAAAGAGAUCUACGAUCUGAUGCGUGAAUGUUGGCAGAGGAACGACGUCGACCGACCAAACUUUCGCGAGAUUCACCUGUUCCUGCAACGAAAAAAUCUCGGUUAUAAACCCGAAGUUACGCGUUGACCAAAACGGAUAGCCCCAUAACAAUGAUACCGAGUCUCCACGAUACCAUAUCCACGCUCGCGCAAUUGAAAUGGAUAGAUUAUGAUUUUGAUCCGUGGCAUUCGAUACGAAAUGGAACGUUACUAGUGCUGGCAAUACGAGGGGAGCACGUUCGAUAAAUCGCACAUACGCUGUUCCGAAAUUGAUACUGUCAGCAAACAAGCUUAUGAUAUUCGCGCCGUAACGGCACUCGUGUCACGUUCGGGAUAUACGUGGAUCGGACUUGAAAAUCGCGAGUUGUACGUAACAUGUCCACCGACGAAUAACGUAGUCAUUUCUAAACUUCGAUGCUCGAAAUAAAAAAAAAAUGGACCUUUAUCCAAGAUCGAAAUUUGCUGAUCUUCAUGAUGGGAUUACGUUAUCCGUUCUCGGGCCUUUUAUAUGUCGGUUUCGUAAAAGUGUUCUGAAAAAAAAUUUGUUUUUUCAAAAAUCUAGAUACAGAUACAUACACGUAUAUAUAUGCCAUUUUUAAGACAAUUAAACGAGUUGUUUUUAGGAAAGCAAAAUCUAUAAGCGUAUACGAUCGAGUUGAUUAUAAAUCAAUGUGUUUCCGAUGAUAUUUAACUGCUUGUAUACUCUUUGCCCCAUUUUAUUUUUCAAGCUAUCGUCUUCAAGAAGAUAAAUAUAAAAACAGGCUAAUUAUUGUUCCUUCAACCGUUUAAUUGCACGACCAAUAUCCUUCCCUCCAAUUCAGUUGGACGAAGAUUUCUCGUUAACUUUUUAAUUGAACACUCGCCAUAGUGGCGCGCAGAAAGAAUUAUACGAACGUCGCUUCAAGGAGCUUAUCAAUGCACAAAAAAUUAUGAAAUGGGUUAAGAGGAACAUUCUGUAAAAUUAAUCAUUGUGCCGUACAAGAAGCAUUUUUCGAAGAGUACGGGAAAAGGUAAUCUUAAUCCGCGUUAAGUUUUCGUUAAGUUCCCUUAAACUACUCUUAAGCUUAAGAUGCGCUUAGCCGAAGUGCAUAAAUGUUUGACAAUACCAUUAGAGGUUGCAUUAUAAAUUCAUAUAAAGUGUGUAAAGAAUGUUGAAGGAUUAAUCGACAAUGUAAAUUAUUAGAUUAUUAUAAGACCGUCAUUCUAUUGGCGGUCAUAUUGCAUAAUCGUUUUAGGAUCGUUAACUCUAUCGAUACACAAAACUUCUCUCGUGCCCCGUUGUUCGACUUCGGCAAAAGCCGUAAGACGGAUGUAUCGUGAUUCUAGGAGGAAAAAAGGAGCACAUGUGACCUGAUGUUAAGUUUAUAGUGUGAAAUAGAGAUGGGCGAUUUACCCGGCAAAUGUUUCUACUUCAUUUGACACUUGUAAACAUCCGAUCAAAUCUCCGAACAUGGUUAUAAAUGUUUUAUAUAAUAAAUAUUUGAUUUAACUAUUUAUGCUUUAUUUUGACGAUCAAAUUUUUGAGAUUAUUAUUUAUUCUCUGAAUUUGUUGUCUUCCUAUUCAAACCGACAUGUUCCACAUAUUCCAUACACCAGUAAGACAUUUCCAGGUAAAUAGCUAUCGUUAGUAUGAAAUAUUGAAAGACUUAUAUACUUGUUAGAAUGGUUCUGUACGUAUAGCAAAAGGAAAACAAUAGUUGUGCGAAACACGACAGAGAUAUUCCGACGUUCAAAAACUUGUACACGUCACGUAAAUUCCGAUACGUUGUUCUAGGAACCUUGUCUCGC